CUUCGGGGCGCCAAGCAGUUCCAGCCGCUCGGGGACCGCUGCGUGAUCGACUGGGCCGUACGAGGGGCCGCCCGCUGGUGCGAGGGCGUGGUGGUCGUGUUGCCCGAGGCCGGACCGUCGGCGAGGACGCCUGGUCGCCGCCCCCGGCUCCCUGGCGGCUGCGUGGCGGCGGUUGUCGUGGCCGCGGGCGGGGUGCUGCGCUCUGACUCGGUGCGCUGCGGGCUGAGCCUUGUGCCCGGCGACGCCGAGAUCGUGCUUGUGCACGACGGUGCUCGGCCGCUGGCUGGCGACGCGGUGUUCAUGCGGGUGAUUCAGGCCGUGCGCGACGGCGCCGACGCAGCCGUCCCUGUGAUCGAAUUGACCGACACGAUCCGGCGCCGCGACGGCGGAACCGCCGACCGCAGCGAGCUGGUGGCCGUGCAGACGCCACAGGCCUUCCGGGCCGCCGCCCUGCGGGCCGCGCACGCCGGCGGCGCCGACGCCACCGACGAUGCCACCCUGGUGGAGGCGGCCGGCGGGACGGUGACGAUGGUGGACGGCGACAGCCGCAACCUCAAGAUCACCGAGCCUCACGACCUCGCCUUGGCCGAAGAGGCGACCGUGGCUGAUCACGGGAUGCGGGUGGGGCAGGGCUUCGACGUCCACCGCUACAGCGACGAUCCCGACCGGUCGCUGGUUCUGGGCGGCGUGCGGUUCGAGGGCGAGCGCGGUCUUGACGGACAUUCCGACGCCGACGUCGUCGCCCACGCCUGCAUCGAGGCGCUCCUGGCGGCCGCGGGACUCGGCGAUAUCGGGCAGCUCUUCAGCGACACCGACCCGUCCUGGGCCGGAGCCGACAGCCUCGAACUGCUGCGCCAUGCCGUCGACGCGGUGCGCGGUGCGGGAUGGGAUCCCGUCAACGUGUCGUGCAGUGUCGUGAUCGACGCUCCCCGGAUUGCCCCCCACCGCGACGCCAUGCAGGACCGCCUCGGCGCCGCAGCCGGCGCGCCCGUCAACGUCACCGCCCGGCACAGCGAAGGCGUGGGCGCCCUGGGACGGGGUGAGGGUGUGGCCGCCUGGGCGGUGGCUCUGGUGGCUCGUCGGAGCGAAUACCCGGAUCAGGCUGCUGCUGGUGAGCGGUCGUAG